GCGAGUCUUAGUUUCGAGGCUAAUGAAAGACUGUCCUGUUAAAACGGCAGGAUAUCUAUCAACUAUAAGUUGUGAGUACCUCGGACCUUGAAUUUUCUGUUUGUUAUUAUUAUUGGUGCAUGCUUUGCAGCAGCCUUGCAUUAGUCUCGAGACCAGGCCUCGUCCAACGGAAGUAGAGCCGUGAGGGGUAUCGAGAGCCCCCAUUUCACCCUUUUUUUUCCCCUCGUAAACUCCUCUUACGGAAAAUGUCUAUCAGCAAACUCACCAAUUCUGCCCUUAACUUUGGUCUUGAAGUUUCACCUGCCCUGGCAAAUCUUAAUUUCGAUUUCUCAGUAUUUAGAUUGAACGUCGAGCCUGAGUAUCAGGCCAUUGGAGAAGCUUUGUCAUGUAGCCGUCGUCGUGAAGCAGAGCAAGGCCGACCACAGGUGACAGCAAGAAAGCUUGCUCAGCUGUUUGCUGCGUGUCUCCCCCGUGCGCCCAAUCUGAUCAAGGCUUACGGAAAGCGAGCAUCCGAGAUUAUUGAGGAUUCAAAAAUCAGCAAUGACCAACGAGCCAAGUAUGGAGUGUUUGCCGAACAAGCUGGGCCGGAUGCGACUAGUUUAUGGGCGGCUUCAACAUCCGGAAGUCAUGCAGUCGCAGUUCAUCUGCUAGCCUGCAUGCUGGCCAGAAUGUGGGAUGCUGCUUAUGCUGUCUCUAUCUGGGUGGAAAUUGUUGAAGAAAGACGAAGGGAAAUUGAGAAAGAGCUGGAAGAUACGAGCUUUGCUCAUACUGCCACCCUAGUGGCGGCUAGAUGCGAGAUCUCGAGGGAACAGCUGGCCGAAUGGGAUGCCAGCACUCGUGCUUGGCUGAGAAUAGCCGACAAGUCUAAGAGCGAGCAAGUCAAGAACCUCUCAUUGAUAAUGGAUCAGGUUCGCCUACCAGUCAAUACAGAGGAGCAAACAUUUGCAAGUGUCAUGGGCGCUUGGAAGACCUCUUUGAUCAACAUGGAUGCUCUGCUUAUUGGUAAAUCUCAGGGCGUUAAAAGUGGUGAGCUUUUGUUAGCAGCCUACUCCUGGCAUCUAUUCCCCUACAUAUCUUCAGUGUCGACUGUUUCAACUGGUUUUGUCGAUAAAGAUCCUCUAUUCCCGUCAAGCGCCACGAUAACCAUUGGCUUGGACGAGAGUCCAAUGGUCAGGUUACCCAAAGACAAAGCACUACGGCAGAGUGUUUACUGGUCCCUGCCACUUGCCCGUGUGCGACAGUACGGUCCCCCGAUAAGAUGUAUGGGUACUCUAGAUAGUCGGGAGAGAGAUCGACUCUCGGUAAAGGAAUUCCUUCACGUUUUCCUAGGUUCUUAUUUGCGAGGCUGGAGGGAGAUUGGUUUACGCACCAAAGCAGCUGUCGGGUUGUUGUCAGAGGUAGAAGUCUUACUUGCCCAAGCCGCAGCGUUUCCAGAUUGCCCAGAGGCAACAGCACUUAUAGAAAAUCCAGAAUCCUGGUUGGCCCUUCUUUUUGAAGCUGCCAAUGAAUAUCGCACAUCUGUUGGAAACCAAAGACUCAGGGCUGACAGUCUUGUAUCUCUCGGUCGGAGAUAUGCGGAUGAAUUUCUGGGAACACAGUCGGUAUCGUUAGCUGAUCUCUUACGCCAAGGACAGUUUGUAAACCUAGUGAAUGAGGAGGAGGUGAAAAUUCAGUUCCUUCGCAAAGUUGCAUUGGAAAUGUCCGAGCUGUUAGGACACAAGAAUCUCAUUAUUAGGUGCAAGCAGUGCUACGGGUCAACCGAUGUUUACGAAUAUGCGACCGCUCUUCCUCUUGACAUGGAAAUAGUGAACACUGAAGAUGGCGACGGGAACGAGAAGAAGAGAAAGCUCUAUCAGUUUCUGGAUAAUUCCGGGCAUCGACGAUGGCUGUGUGCGGGUGGAGGCCUCUGGCAAGAAUUUCAAAAGAUUGAUGGCGCAUUCUACACAUAUGAGGAAGAAAGAGACCAUACAGCAUUCAGUUCCAUUGAUGAAUUCUUCAGCUUCGAAGAAAUGGUAUUCCCGGAGGUCGACCAGCGCCAGCUAGUGGAUGAGACAUAUCGGAAGAGAAAAGCAAGAUACGAGUCGCUUGGGGAGGUCAUUCUCAAACGCGAAGACUUGACUCUUUCGAACCUCGCCAAAGUGAGUAACUUUGAAAGUAACUAUCUACAUCAGACAAGCCUUUCCAAAUACACGUUUCUAUACGGUGACGAGCAUUCGACGGCCCUCUUCGUCCUUGGAAACACGCCAAAAUCUCUAAGCAAAGAUUGGAUAUCCAAGACGGAUUUGCGGCACUUUUCUUCUCUUUCUGAAUUGGGAUCAAUAUGCCCAAGUGCCUUUGCGCGCAGCAUGUACGGGACUUUAGAGUUACCGGGCGGAUUGGAUAAAGACACUGGUGCUCAUUCUUCGACAGCCCUCAAGGCAGUGUCAAUCAUAAUGAAACUAUACAAGUCACUCCCUACGGCGACUAUCGAUGUUCGCAUUCUUCAAAAGUAUGUCGUCGACUCGUGCUGGUUCAGAAAGUAUGAGAAACGGCAAAAAAACGUGUUUCAAGAUGCUCCAACUAUACCGGAGUCUCUCCAGCCCUAUCCAUUGUUGGUCAAAGAACUGGAGCGCGACGGACCAGAUUCCCAUACACAACAGCUAAUGCGAAUACCAGAGUCCUUCGACAUUGGUCCCUUGGACUUGACUGAAGCCUUCUCCUGUAUUGCCCUUUUUGAUUCUGGAAAGUACGAUGUACAUCCAGAAGCGUUAGAGAACACCAUAGCCAUGUCGUCGACAGACUCAUUAUACGUUUCCGCUUCUAUCUUAUCUGACCCGUGGGAUCAACAUCGAAUUCGGGGUAUCGUUCAUAUAGAAGGGAACAUCGGCCGCCCUGGUGUUUCAUUUCUUGUGCCGCCACCAAUGCCCAUGGUCAAGGAUGUUAGGAUUAGUGAAUGGCCACAAAUGUCCGACCAGGUUUUUGACGGGAAUCUUAAGGAUGAGUUCUCGAAUACAUCCUUACAUUUAAGGUUCACUGGAGACAGCUCCAAAGUAGAUGCUGGCUCUAGCCACGUCCAGGACUCAAUGGUACAAGCUGGAGACGCUCAUCUCGCUCCAUGAUAAUAAAGAGUGGGUGGCCGAUUUGGACAUCAACAAAUCCCUCCAAAGCUCUACUUUACGAAGAGUCGGUGUUUGCACGAAUAAUCUUCAUCUGCCGGGACACGAGCCGCAGCGUGUCUUAAUGUGUGUUGACAACUGGAAUGAGUUGGUAAAGCCCCCAGCUGAAGAAGGUAUAAGCCUUGUCCGCGCCCACAGGAAUUGGGAAGCACGAUUAGCUGCCUCCGCGCUUAGUGUGUCACUGGGCUACACUGCCCUGAUUCUACCAGAACACCUUUGUUGGCAAUGCUUUGAAAAAGAACUGGAACAAGUACAAGAUAGCAAACGAGUGGUUAUAGUGUCUUAAGGCGGGUACUCAUAUUCACUUACGAUUUAUAAGCAACGGGCCUACUUGGUGACAAUGAUAAAGGCAUG